UGGACAGGGGGCAGUCUUGAUCUUUGCUGCGUGACCAUAUCAGUUUACCCCCACAGGCCCACAGCCUUACUUGCUAUUAUUUCGUCUUAUUCGACGUAUUCUUCACUGGGGUUGGCUCUCUCACUCUGAACUCUUCCUUUCCCACGGCAGUCAAUCAACUCUUCCUUUCACACGGCAGUCAGUCUAUUGACAAUACCCUCAACAUGAUGCACACCCUUAAACAAGUAGGAGACGACCAUCUUGAACCACGAACCAAACACAAACGCUUAACUCAAACCUACCACACAGCCCUCUACCUCCUCCCAAUCCUGACGACUUCCCUCACUCUCUGGGCCGUCCUGCACACCUGGCAUCUCAACCUCUCACCCACCCUGAACAUCCACCACCACCUCCCAGUCCCAGUCCAAUCCCAUACUAGUAGUACUCACCGCUGGACAACAUGCGGCUCGUCCCCCGACGAAGCCCUCUCUCGCAACUGCCGGUUCGACAUACUCAGUUUCGCCUGGCAAACCACCGAAUGCUACGACGUCGAGCUCAUGCAGGAUUUCAUCCACCACAUGAACCUGCACGACCACCACCACUGGCACUUCUACACCCAUCCCAACCGCACCGAAGGCGAGACUGUGGAUUUUGCUGUCGCCCUUGAGGGCCGGAGGACGCUGUUUGUGGACUGGAAGUACCACGUCACACACUGCACGUUUAUGUGGCGUCAGAUGCAUCGUGCGUAUACCGUCAGGGGGUAUGUGGAUGGGCAUUUGGAUAACUAUGGGCAUACGUUGCAUUGUCAGGGGGUGUUGCUGGAUAGGGAAACGGGGAUGGAUAGGGUGAGUGUGAUUGCGGAGGUGAAGUAUCCAGAGUGUAGGAAGAUAUGGUAGCUUGGAGGUGGGAGAGGGUAAGGCUUGUAUCCAUUAUGGCUGGGCCUAUGGAGGCAUUUCUUGAGCUACCUAGUAGUUGAUUCAAAACUUAAUGACCUGUCGGCAUGAGGUUCUCAUCCAGCCGUCCAUACACGGGAUGGCUGAGCAACUUGUCCUGCAACAGAAACGAGUGUUCCGUAGUCCACUUGUACAGCCAAUCCCAGUC